AUUCUGGGGCCGAGAUUUUCUUCCGCCUUUCCUCUCGGAGGGCUUUGGCCGAGGCCGCAUCUCCUUUUUCCGCUGUCGCGCGACGUCACGCCGUCACGCUUCUCCUUCUUUUGCUCCUUGUCUGAGCCAGGGGUGUGAAAAGGGUCCUUUCCGUUCUGGUCGGGCUUGACAAGGCUGUGUCCUCUGACCGCUAGCUGCCGCCAUGCCGAAGAAUAAAGGAAAGGGAGGUAAAAACAGACGGCGAGGUAAGAAUGAGAAUGAAUCUGAAAAAAGAGAGUUGGUUUUCAAAGAGGAUGGACAAGAAUAUGCCCAAGUUAUCAAGAUGUUGGGAAAUGGCAGACUGGAGGCAUUAUGUUUUGAUGGUGUAAAGAGGCUAUGUCAUAUCAGAGGAAAGUUAAGAAAAAAGGUUUGGAUAAAUACAUCAGAUAUCAUAUUGGUGGGUUUAAGAGACUACCAGGAUAACAAGGCUGAUGUCAUUCUAAAAUACAAUGCAGAUGAAGCCAGAAGCCUGAAGGCAUAUGGAGAACUUCCAGAGCAUGCCAAAAUUAAUGAAACUGAUACAUUUGGGCCUGGUGAUGAUGAUGAAAUCCAGUUUGAUGAUAUUGGAGAUGACGAUGAAGAUAUUGAUGAUAUCUAAAUGGAACUGAGAGGAAUACAUCCCAACUUUCCACCUCAAUUAUUUUGUUUUCAAGUACUUAUGCCUAAGAAGACUGAAACUGCACAACAUUUGUAGUUACAGCACACCAAUAUCUACCCAAUGUUUAAGUAUUUAUAUUUCUUUCAGAAACAGAAGUUGGACUCACAAAAGUUAAAUGAAAUAAUACAGCAAUUUUUAUCUCUACCAUAGACUCUUACACCUGUAUGUAAAUAUACAUACUAUAAACUCACACUGGUUUAUCUGUUUUGAUCAAUAAACAUCACUAAGACAUAUUUUUUGAAAUAAAAAGUAUUGCCCUAUAAUUAUCAAGAUUUUUGAUUAAAUACCAAUUCAGGUUAGUAUCCAGUUGGCAGGUGUAGUGUACUUUCCUAGUAUCCCUUAAAGACAAUAGAAGAAUUCAUUAUCGACAAAUUUUAAUACCUGAAUCUGCUUUAUAAGCUUUAGUUGCAUGUUAUUUUUAUACAGGUUUUAAUGUUUCCUUUUCACAGAUAAUACUCCCAGUAUGGAGAGAAAAUAAAUUUCCAAAAAUUGUUUAUGUUUGAACAGCUAUUCUGUAUUUGGUAGUGAUAAUAUUGAAGUUAAUUGCUGGGUGGCAUCAAAUUGAAGGUAUUCAUUUUAAAUGAUAUACAUUUACCACAUAACAAAUUAAAAAUAUUUUCCCACUAUAAAAACAAAAAAUUGUGUUAAUAUAGGUAUAUUGGGCUGGAUACAGUGUUCUUAUGGGAUGCUUCAACUGGAAAGGUUAGGGAGAGUUUAGCUUAGCACAUUCUUUCUUCCCCCUUCCUGAAAAUUGCUAUAGAGAUUUGGGAGGGAUGGUGCUCAGAUUGCAGGAAGAAAGAAAAACCUUUAUCUAUCUAACCAUAAAAACAAGAAUUGAUGCUAUUUCUGGAAGGGCAAGCUUAGAUUCAACUUAGUUAAAAUCUUUGCAUCACAAUAAGAUGUUCUUUAAAAAGGAAGUUUCAUUUUAGUUUCAGAUUGCAUUCAUUAUGAGGUACAAUUUGAUAAAGGAUUUUGUAUACUCUUUAUUGGAAUAUGUAAAAUAUUAAGUUCUGAAAACCUCAAUCUGAAUACCAAGUCAAAGAAACAAAUGAAUUGUUUCCAGUUUGAGUAGAGGUAAAGACCUAAACUUUCAACAAAGAUUAAUACAAUCAUACUAUAUUUACACAUUCUAAAUUGGAUUUGGGUGUACUUAGUAUUGUAGUAUUGUGUUUUCUGACGAAUAUAUUGACUGCAACAGUUUUCAUAUGAAAAUUAUGUUCAACAGCUUAAUGUUUUUAACUGAGAUAACAGGAACUUCAGAAAUCACAUGCAUUUGAUUGCAGCUGCAUUAUACAGAUUGUGUUCACACACCAUACUAAGCUGUACAAUUUAACAUGGCUUAUCUUGUUGUAUGAACAUAGAAAAAUACAGUUUAUUCAACAAGUCAUGGGUAAACAAACUAUUGCUUUGCAUGCUAGGCAAACCGAGAUGUGUACUACUAUAGAGUUACCCAUCAAAUUCUGAAGUUGAGGAUUCUUGACAAGUACUGAAGUUCCUACACUGCUUGCCACAUAAGUAUUUGCUAUCAAAUGAUACCAAAUAUUUGAUGUUGAUACAGAUUUUAUCCUGCUGUUAAUGUGGGAGGAAAAGGUUUUUUUAAUCCAUAAAGCCUGUCUGCUAUAUUGUACCCUGCAUUGUAUAGUAUCAAUUAGCUUCUUGAUCUUUAAAUGAUAUAAAAUAGUUUGGGAUGAGAAUUUAUUUGGAGCUUAUGAUAGGUAAAAAUGAAAAUAUUUACAUUUUCUUGAAUAAACAGAUAGGCUCUUCAGAAACAAAAACAAAUGUGUGGAUGGAAGAAAGUGGUAGAUAUGGAAAUACUAAAAGUCUUACCACUGGUAAUGUUUUUAUUAAUGCCAAAAUUAAAGAUUCAGUGAAUGGUUUGAUUUAUAUAUAAAUUUAUUUUCUUAACUGCAUCAUUUAUAUGUGGUUUAAUUCUGUUUGCUCUGACAGCAGGUCCAAAUACUUAAAAACUAAGAUACUUAUAUAGGUUUAGACAUAGGGGAAUUCAGCUUUGGAAUAGCAGUGAAUGGGCAGACACUUUACAGUUGUGUAUCUUAAAGACAUGCUUAUCCAACUACUCUUCUAAGGAUCUUGGGUCAGGAAAUCAUGUGGGAUGUCUACUUUAUCUUCACAGCAACAUGAGUGAGACACGAGGGAAUGUGGUUUGCCUAAGAUCUCCCAGUGGAACUUUGUAGUCUACCUUGAAUAUUAGAUUACCAGUGUCUCAGAAUAUAUUUUUCAGACAUAAAUUAGCACAAUGCUACUAAGUUAAUUUAAAGGCUUUCUAAAGCUGGUGCUGCUAAAUCACUUUGACAGAAUGAAUAUGAAUCUUUCUUAGUACGUAAGAUACGAAUUUUGCUCAUGUAUUAAUUUUAACUACUCAUGCCCUUGAAUAUCAACUGUUUCCUUAAGAGCUGACAACUGUGUAACAAUACAAUGUGCUGAUCAUUUGUAUUUGCAAAAUAUGUACUUAAAAGUUGCUUAUGAUGGCUUAAUUAAAAAGACAUGCAACAGUUACAUUAGCAGAAUUGACUGAAACCAGGUAACCAUUUAGUGUAUAUUGUUCCUUUGUGACAUUUUAAUUGCCAAUCCCAUUGAAAAAUAGUCCUAACAGUAGUAAUGUUCUCUAUUAUCAAAAUCAGUUGUCUUUUUUCAUGGUCAAAUAUAUGAAGUAAUGAUUCAUACAUUAGCCACUUCAGUCUCUAGUUCUAGUCACAGAUCAGUGUACAAUUGAGUUUAUCAAUUAAUUACAUAAAUAAAUGAAAAGCAGGCCCAACUGAAAUUAGCAUAGUAGGUUUAAAUAUAUUCAGCCUAGUUAUUUGGGGAUGAGAAAGCCAAACAGUAGUAUUUAUUGUGAAGAACUGUUUUAAGGUUUAUACAUUUGGGAAAUUUAACUUUUGUUGCCAUGGUUUUUGCAGACAAUAAACAGUUUUGAUGUUUUCAGUUACCCAUCUGUCUUAGUUCCUGCCCCUCUUCACACCUUGUAUUUUCAAUGAGUGUAGAUUAAGAUGGAAUUUUAACCAGCCUUUUUACAAUACGUAUGAAAUACCUAUCACCACAGGUGGCAUCGAAGAGCUGGUCUCCAAAACAAAGAAAAGUGAGCUUGGACAAGAUUAAUACUUGAUAAGUAAUUGUUAGGAAAUCCUAGGGCUGUAGGCUAAACUAGAAAUGGGGUGGGAGGUUGGCUUGGAAGAAGGCAUUGGCGAAGCACUCCUAUAUUGUUGCCAAAGAAAACUACUUGGACCUUUCCACAUGGUCACUAGGAGUCAAACUUUACUUUGAUUAGAUUCCCAAACUAAACCUGAAACAACCUGCCCACUUGAAAAUAUUAUGUUACGCAUACCUAAAAUGAUAAUAAAUUAAUUGUUCUUGUAUUGAUUGAAAAGGAAAAGUACAUCAAUAUAUAAGAAUUAGUACAAUUGUCAUAAUAGUUUGAGGGUAAUUGAUUUAAAUCAAUAUUCAUGUAAAAAUGCUACCGCGUCCCUUCUUACUUUCUGUCAAAUAAAACCUUUAAUUCUAGUUAGGAUUGCUAUCUAAUGAAAAAAUAAUUCCUGGUUAGGGUCAAAUUGAACUGUUACGUUGAAUCUACCUAAUGCUGGUAAUCCACAUUUCAGUUCUGGGGGAGCUGAUAAUGGAUGUGCCAAGCAAUAUUCCCAGUAUCUUCUUUUAAACUAAUAGUUCCUCAUAAACUUGAAAUAAUCUAUGCAUAUUGGUGAAAUUGAACAUGAAGAUUUCAAAUUAAAUUGAACAAUUCCUAAUUCCAGGGUUCUGAUUAAUACUUGCAUUGCUUAUACUUUGGGGUUAAAAUUUUAUCUCUAGCCCAAUAAUUAUAAUAAAAUAAAUAAUAAAAUAAAAAAUAUAUAAUAAUAAAGUUCUGAUCUUUGUUUAAAGCAAUUUUGUUUCUUAAAAGGUAAACUAUGGUAUAUGUGUUCUGGGUUCGCAAAAGUCAUCUUCUCUGGAUCUGCUUUUGCAUUGCUGUAGAAUGUAGAUGCUGAUACUCCCAUAUAAUCACUCCAUCAAUUUAUUACAUUUUUGCCUUUGAAUGUUCCUAUCUGGAAAUUAAAACAUACCUGGAAUUAAAUUCCACUGAAAUAAACAAACUUUAUUUCAUGUAA